AUGGUUAAUAACGUGUAUUUCUCUCUCCUUCCUUCUGAAGUUUGUCGCCUGAUUCUGGGCUAUCUCAGUGAUCUCGGAUGCGUUCAAACCUUUAAUACAUUUUUCCAAGAAUGUUCGUACCUGGCGGAGUUGCGUAAUGAAUCCCAAACGGGAAAUAAAAUGACCUAUCGUGUUGGUGGCUUUACGUUGGCCGAGAUCUUGAAAGACUACUUCACUAUUGCCAACAUUGCAAAUGAAAAACGAGAUUCCAUUAUUAAAAAGUGGAAUAGCGCCUCUCUUCCCGCCUGUCAUCCUGGUGAGAUGGCACCACUUUUGGUCUGCCUGCUUUCUGAUACCCUCGAGGUCAGAACCUCGCCUUCAUCCUCUCAAGAUCGCAGUUGCAUCACAGCGCCCGCCAAGAAAUCGACUUUGACACCAGUCGUCUCUGUUCCCUCGGCAGGCUCUAAUCAACGUAUUACCAUUAUAAAUCCGGGAGCCUCUGUAGCUCCUACUCAAAAUCGAGUGAAGAUAAUUCCCUCUGCCAAGGCGUUGCCUUCUACCCCGAAGGUGAUAUUAAAAGUUGUUCGAACUCAACCAAUUGCAGCAUCUGUCCAGUCUUCUUCGACUUCUUCAUCGUCACGUCGGAAAAUUCAUAGCAAACCAGCACAUGUCACUGAGAUUGAGUCAACUCCUACAGCUUCGUCACGUUCUCCUCUAAAUAUUCAGCGCGUUUUCUGCAACCUUGCGGAGAAUGCAAAGACGGUGGCCGACAGAAUAAACUCCGAUUUGAGCAGUGGGGCGACCUGCGAGUCCUCACUUUCUCACUUGGACUUCCCCAUCCCUGCGGAUAUUGAACAAAGCUCGUCGGGUCUCUUGGAGCAGGACAUGCAAGACAUCAUCAGCCGACUAAUGGACGACGUCGAUAGCUUAGGGGCAAAGUCACCUAUGAAAACUGGUGCCAACGCUGUUGCGGUUGCGACCCCGUCGUCAUCCCCAUCCUCCUCUGUUGUAACCUCUGUAGUCCCGCCUGGGAGGACUGACAUAACUGCAGGAGUCAUUCCGCGGGGAAGGGUUCCUGUCAAGCCCACCUCCAACCCAUCCUUUGAUUCCCCACCUGAUGAAUCUCUCGCUCGCACUUGGGCCAAAAGUCGACGUGUUCCCUGUAAGUUCAGCUCCAUAUUCCUUUAA